AUGAGUUUCCGGGGGUUCCAGAAAUCUAUCUCUCGUGCGCCGCAACAAUUCAAGUCGAGGUUUAAUAUCGGCGAGAACACAAAGGAUGCUGUCUAUAUAGAUGCCGAAAGGCGGUUCCAGGAACUCGAAACCGAGACGAAGAAACUACAUGAUGAGUCCAAGCGAUAUUUCGAUGCCAUCAACGGCAUGCUGUCCCACCAGAUCGAAUUCUCGAAGGCGAUGACGGAGAUCUACAAGCCCAUAAGCGGGAGGAUGUCAGAUCCGGAUUCGCUGAAGAUCGAGGGCAAUCCCGAGGGUAUCCGGGCGUGCGAGGAGUAUGAGGCCGUCGUCAAGGACCUCCAAGAAACGCUGGCGCCGGAGCUUGAGAUGAUCGAUAGUAGGGUAAUUCGACCGGCGAACGAGCUGCUAGACGUCAUCAAGGUCAUCCGAAAGUCUGCAAUCAAGCGAGAGCACAAGAAGUUGGACUACGACCGACACCGCACUGCUCUCAAGAAGCUCCAGGACAAGAAAGAGAAGACGAUGAAGGACGAGAAGGCCAUAUAUAAGGUGGAGAACGAUUUGGAGCAGGCGACACAAGAAUUCAACUACUUCAACGACCUUCUAAAGGACGAACUUCCGAAGUUGUUUGCUCUUGAGCGGGAGUUUAUACAACCUCUAUUCCAGUCUUUCUAUUACAUGCAGCUGAACAUCUUUUAUACACUUCACGAGAAGAUGCAACACUGCGAUAUCGGCUACUUCGACUUGACUCUCGACGUUGAAGAGGCCUUUCACAAGAAGCGCGGUGAUAUCCAGGAGCAAGCGGAGAAGCUCACGAUUGUCAAGUUCAAAACGACGGGCCGCCCGCGCCCACCAAAGUACGGGCCCAAGCCUGCUCUAGAAGGAGGCAAGACCCCAGGCUUGCUUACUGCUGGAUCAUCUUCGUCAACACCAAGGAUAGGGUAUCAACGCCAAUCCGAUGUGGUCGAGAAUCCUCCACCACCGUACUCUCCUGGUCCAGGAUCACCAGGACUGGCCGCAGCAGCCGCAGCCAAGUCGAAGCCCCCGCCACCGAAGCCGAAGCCAAGUCGAUUCAGCGGAGCUCCAGUGGCCGAAACUGUUACGGCCCUAUACGAUUACUCCGCGCAAGCGGAAGGAGAUCUCAGCUUCCGUGCUGGGGAUGUUAUCGAAAUUAUUCAAAGAACCCAGAACGAUAAUGAAUGGUGGCAAGGCAGGUUACAAGGGAGGACUGGACAGUUCCCAGGCAAUUAUGUCAAGCUCAACUAG